AUGGCUACUAAAUUACUAAAUUAUGUCGCAAGGCAAUCUUCGCGAAAUCCAUUUGAAACGAUCGUAUUUUGCUUGAUAAUUGCCUCAAUUACAUAUGCUUCAUUAUUUAGAUCCCUAAUAGAAUCAGAUUUUUUUAAACAAGAAAUUGAUUUGGUUCAAAUUAUUUCUUACCCUAAUACAAAUGAAUUUGUCUUCCUCUCUAAACGUGAUUCAAUUAGUCAAGCUUCACGAAUUCGAUUAAACCAAGUUAUUAUAAAGACUCAACUUGACGAACCGGAUACCUCAAUCCUUCCUCAUAACUUUGAAUCUCUUGCCAGACUUCAAGAACUUGCUGAAAAAGAAAUUUAUGUCUCUGAUGGGACAAAUAAACUAUAUUAUAAUGAUGAUUUAUGUUAUAAAUUUCCCGGUGAUUCUUUAUGUUUUUCCUUAACUUCUCCUGCUCGUGAAAUCAACGUUACAAGGCCUUUUUGUCAACACUCAUCUUUCGGUCCUCUCACUGAUGUUAAUUGUGAUGCCUCCACCGUAAUUUUGAACUACAUUCUAAAUGCUGAUGGCCCUUAUUUGGCUUAUACUGAUGCUUGGGUUGAUAAUAUUGUUGACUUACGUGUCGGUCAAUUUGCUUCUACCGGGAAGAGACCAUAUGCUUCUGCUAAAAAAGGUUCUUUUGCUUGGUUUGCUUUCGCUAUUAGUAGCAUUUUUUUUAAGAUUCAAGAGUUGAUUCAGCAAGCGGAUACCAUCGAUAUCUUAGUAAUUUUUACCGUUGGUUUUGAAAAGCCUGUUGCUCUUACAAAAGCAGUUCUUACUGCAACUCCACCCUCUCAAAUUGAAGAAAUUAAAAAAAAUGUAAUGACUGGUAUAACUGAAGAAGGCCCAAAAAUAAUUAGGGAUUAUUUUAUCGAAAUUAUCGUGUUAUUCAUCGGUGCUGUUAGUGGCGUUACUGGUUUACAAGAAUUUUGCUUUCUGGCUGGUUUUAUUUUAUUAUAUGAUUGUUUAUUCUUGUUCACAUUUUAUACUGCCGCUUUGGCUCUUAAACUUGAGUUGAAACGUAUUCGUGAAGUUUUAUCAACUGAAAAAACUGUUGAAAGAAAUGAAUUACCAAGUAGUCCCACGAAGCUUAUUUUCAUGCCUUUACAGGAUAAUAGUGCUGAAACAGAGGAUGCAAAAAAAAUUGAUAAUCCAAUGAUUUCAAGGGUUAAAUUGUUAAUUAUGAUUGGUUUUGUAGUAAUGCAUGUGAUGAACUUUUGCACAACUCUUCAUACCGACGAUGUCUCUUCAGCACUUCAUAUCACAAAGGCUGAUUCUUAUUAUAAUCCAACAACAAUACCAAUUCUAGAUGUCAUCCUUUCACAACAUCGGUCAAGUCCUAAAUCUUCCUUACCUUUAAUUGUCGAUGUGGCUUCCCCAAUAAUCUUUCGAGCUGUUCCAAGUGAUGUAAUCGGUAGUCAAACGUUCAUUACUGCAUUCUACAAGAUAUUUGACACCAUUUUAAACUAUUGGUCUCUUUAUGUUCGAGAUUCGGUACUCUCACCAUUGAUUUUUAUUGGAUUAAUUUUCUCUAUUGUUUUGAAUGGUUAUCUUUUGAACACUUGUAAUCAAUCAAAGACUAACGAAAAAACUUCUGAUGUGGUCGUUUCACCAUCUACUUCGAAUAUUAUUUCCCGGGAUGCACCUAUUGAAAAAUCUGUUUCUCAUAAUAAUGACUUAAAACUUGAUCCCAGUCCUCCUAAAUCUCUAAAUAAUGACUUAAAACUUGAUCCCAGUCCUCCUAAAUCUCUAGAUAAUGACUUAAAACUUGAUCCAAAACCUCCAAUUGAAUGCGUCAAUAUUCCUAAAUCUCUAGAUAAUGACUUAAAAAUCAAUCCCAAACCUCAAACUGAAUGCGUCGAGAUUUCCAAGUCGCUAGAUUUAAGUGAUCCUAUGACCAUGUCUGAUGAAGAUAUUCUUUUUUUGAUUAAAAAUGGCAAAAUUCCUCCUUAUAAUCUAGAAAAAUUAUUAAAGAAUAAUGAACGAGCUGUAAAAAUACGUAGAGCCUUUAUAUCACGUUCCUCAAUCACAAAAACUUUAGAAUCUUCAGUGUUACCUUUGGAAGGUUACGAUUAUUCAAAAGUUAUGGGUGCAUGCUGUGAAAAUGUAAUUGGAUACAUGCCAAUCCCUCUCGGAGUGGCAGGUCCCUUAAAAAUUGAUGGUGAACUAUUUCAUAUUCCGAUGGCUACGACCGAAGGAUGUUUAGUUGCUUCAACUUCUAGAGGAUGCAAGGCAAUUAAUGGUGGUGGAGGUGCUAAGACUGUUGUGACGCAAGAUUUGAUGGCUCGUGGACCUUGCGUGGAAUUUCCUAAUAUCAUACAGGCUGGUAAAGCUAAAAAUUGGUUGGAAAACGAUGGAAAUGAUAUUAUAAAACAGGCGUUUAAUUCUACAUCUAGAUAUGCUAGAUUGAAGAAGUUAAAAGUUACUGUUGCUGGAAAAUUAUUGUUUAUUAGGUUUUCUACAACUACAGGAGAUGCGAUGGGAAUGAACAUGAUUUCGAAAGGAUGUGAAGAAUCACUUAGGGUGAUGAAUGAACAUUUUCCUGAUAUGCAAAUAAUAAGCGUCAGUGGAAACUAUUGUACAGAUAAGAAACCCGCAGCAAUUAAUUGGAUUGAAGGACGUGGAAAAUCCGUAGUUGCUGAAACAAUAAUUCCCGGUGAUGUUGUAAAGAAAGUAUUGAAAACCAGUGUUGAAGCACUUGUGAAAUUGAAUAUCUCAAAGAAUUUAGUUGGAAGCGCGAUUGCAGGUAGUAUUGGAGGAUUUAAUGCUCACGCAGCAAAUAUCGUUACGGCAAUGUAUAUCGCGACCGGACAAGAUCCAGCACAAAAUGUUGAAAGUUCAAAUUGUAUAACGCUAAUGGAAGCUAUUGAUAAUCCAGUGACAAAUACUAAAGACUUACACCUUACAUGUACAAUGCCAUCAAUCGAAGUAGGAACUAUAGGAGGAGGAACAAUAUUAGGACCACAAAGCGCCGUGUUAGAAAUGUUGGGUGUAAAAGGACCUCAUCCAACAAAUCCAGGAGAAAAUGCGAAAAAAUUAGCGAGAAUUAUAUGUGCCAGUGUUAUGGCGGGAGAAUUAAGCUUAUGUGCUGCAUUGGCUGCUGGACAUUUGGUUAAAAGCCACAUGACACACAACAGAGCUAUAGUUGGACAUUCAAAUUCACACGCUAUAUCAAAUACAACUACAAUACCUCCCGUUAAUAAUUGUAUUAAAAAUUCUGGAAUAGAAAAU